CCUCUCCUUCCCUCGCCACCCCAAGCCAUACUCAAUACCACACCUCCCUUCUUACGAAGCCCACAUCCAAAAGCUGCUCCGUUUUCCUCUGUUUUCGGUGCUAGAGAGCCAUGGUGGUCCUAGCCAGUACAGCACUCGAACAAAUCACCCUCCCGGUUGCACCCAAGCCCAGCACGUAUUUCUCAGGAACUCCGGUUAUAAACCUUGCGCAACCGGGCUUGGAGACCCUCCUUGUGAGAGCCUGCGAGGAGUUUGGGUUCUUCAAGGUGACCAACCAUGGGAUCCCCGUGGAACUCAUGGCUAGGCUGGAAGCCGAGGUUGUGAAGUUCUUCUCCCUCCCCCAAGCGGAAAAGGAUCGAGCAGGGCCUGCCAACCCAUUUGGUUAUGGAAACAAGACCAUUGGCUCUAAUGGAGAUAUUGGCUGGGUGGAGUACCUCCUCUUGGAUGUCACUUCCAAGCCCAUGUCUCACACCUCGCUAGCCUUUCUCGAAGAACCUUCAGCAAGCACCUUACGCUCUGCUUUGAAUGAUUAUGUCUCAGCUAUGAGGAAGCUGGUCCGCGAGAUUUUAGAGUUGAUGGCUGAAGGACUAGGGAUUCAGCCGAGAGAUAUUUUGAGCAAGCUGGUCGCGGACGAGGAGAGUGACUCAAUGUUAAGGUUGAAUCACUACCCUCCAUGCCCACACCUUCAAGGGCCGGACUGUAGCCUGACUGGAUUUGGAGAGCACACAGACCCACAGAUUAUUUCAGUUUUGAGAUCAAACAACACCUCGGGGCUGCAAAUAUCACUGAGGGAUGGGAGUUGGGUCACAGUUCCACCUGACCAGGACUCCUUUUUCAUUAAUGUUGGUGACUCCUUGCAGGUUCUGACAAAUGGGAGAUUCAGAAGCGUGAAGCACAGGGUUUUGGCCAACGCUUUGAAGUCCAGGGUCUCCAUGAUCUACUUCGGCGGGCCAACUUCUGGAGAGAAACUGGCACCCUUGCCACUGUUGAUGGGAGAGGGAGAGCAGAGCCUCUACAGGGAGUUCACAUGGUGGGAGUACAAGAGCUCUGCCUACAGAACAAGGCUGGCUGAUAAUAGGCUGGGGCAGUUUAAGCGGUAGGAAAGGUCACUGCUGACACUUGAUGCAUUGGCUUUCCUUGGAUGGGCCAUUGCACUGGUCAAAAAGGCAGUCUUCACAAAGUCACCCAUGUUUAGUGGCUAAUAAAGAUGGAAACAUUCCAUCAAAAAAUAAAGAUGGAAACAAAAAGAUGUUACCUUUCUCCUUGUUUAAUCCUUUCCACUCUGCCCUUGCUUUCUUCUACGAUGACAACCCUCUACUUUUGCAUGAAAUCACGAAUGUAAAUGGAUUGUCAAUGUCAUGAUCGAGAUGGUUACUGGCUUA